UACGUAUAAAAUAAUCUGAUACGAAUUAUCUGUCUCUUUCCCCUCUUCAGAUCAACCCCUUUUUCUCCUUUUUCUCCGGAUCUCUAAUGUCCUCUGAAAUUCCUGCAACUCGCCCUUUGAAUCGAAGAUGAGGAACGCAUUCUGAGCCACGGAAAUUGGGGUGGAAAAUGCCGUGGUGGGGAAGAGAAAGGGAUGGGAUCGAGCAGAUUCAGAGUGGCGGUCCGCCAUUUGGCCAGAUUCGAAUCCUCGUUGUUGGGGACUCAGGCGUGGGAAAAACCUCUCUUGUGCAUCUAAUUCUUAAAGGUUGUUCAAUUGCUCAUCCACGUCCAACAGUUGGCUGUGCAGUUGGUGUAAAGCAUAUUAGCUAUGGAAGUGCAAGCAUGUCAUCUAACAACUUAAAAGGGGAUGGGGAGAAUGACUUCUUUGUUGAGCUUUGGGAUAUCUCUGGACAUGAUCGGUACAAAGACUUCCGACACCUUUUUUAUACCCAAAUUAAUGGUGUUAUAUUUGUCCAUGAUCUCUCUCAAAGGAGGACGAAGGCUAGCUUGCAGAACUGGGCUGCAGAGAUUGCAUCAACUGGGACAUUUUCAGUUCCUCUUGGAUCUGGUGGUCCUGGAGGCCUACCUGUUCCUUAUCUUAUUAUUGCCAACAAAACUGACAUAUCUUCAAAUCAACGCCAUGCAAGCAGUGGCAAUCUAGUUGAUGUUGCUCGAAUGUGGGUUGAGAAGCAAGGCCUUCUUUCAUCUAGUGAGGAACUUCCACUGAUAGAUAGCUUUCCUGGCAGCUCAAGCCUUCUUGCGGCUGCUAAAGAAGCAAGAUAUGACAAAGAAGCUGUAAUGAAAUUUUUUAAACAGUUGAUUAGAAGAAGGUACUUCCCUGAUGAACAACCUGCACCUAGUCCAUGGCCUGUUCCUCCAGUCCCAAAUUCAGAACAUCUUGAUAAUCAGUUUUAUAGCAGUUUCAGGGUUGAUAAACCAGUGCUUCAUUCUCAAAGAACCUAUGCACAUAGCUAUUCUUUUCAGAGAUUUUCAGAAAUCAGAUCUGAUGAAUCAGACAGUUCUAAACUUGAAAUAGCUGAAAUAAACUACUGAAUGCUGGCAUUAAUUAUCAAGUGUGAAAGGCUUUUUUAGCAUAUAAGGAGUCUGUAUAAACCUGUGCACAGUUGUGUAUAUAUGCCACAUAUCAGCUUCUGAU